UACAGGCACACUUCAAACCUCACAACCCAGCCAGCCUCUUCAAUGUUUGCCUCAUCUCCAAGCUCUUUCAUCCAAUACCCAUUUCAACUCUCAUCCUCAAAAGCCAUUCUAAACACCAAAACCAAACAUCUUUACACAGCAGCACCACCAUCUACCUCUCAAAAAUUUCGUCCACGCAAAACCAUUUCUGCUUACAGCACAACAGGGACAAAGAGACCACACAACCUCAACUUUCAAACUGAACAUCAAAUGGCUUCAACAUCAUCUUUGUACGAAGUACUUGGGAUCCCCAUGAGCGCUAGUGGCCACGAGAUCAAAUCUGCUUAUAGAAAGCUUGCAAGAAUGUGUCACCCUGAUGUGGUGUCGAUCAAUCAGAAAGAAACAUCGGCCAAUGAGUUCAUGAAAAUCCAUGCAGCGUAUUCAACUCUGUCUGACCCUGACAAACGUGCCAAUUAUGAUAGAGAAAUCUAUGGGCAUCGAAGAGGGUCUUAUUAUGGUUCUGCUUCCACCAUGACAUCAUCGGCCGGAGCUGCGGCGGCGGCGGCGAUGUCGGGUUUUUCGGGAUAUUCUAGGAGGACUUGGGAGACUGAUCAGUGUUGGUAGCUAAUUAUAGUAGAAUGCUGUAUGUAUAUGUCAUCUUGUUCUUCACUUUUUUGUGAUCAAUUUUCUCAAAAUUGGUUGAAGACAGUAGAGAGAAGUGAGAACAAGGUAAAACGAUGCCGUUUUGAUUAUGGGCAUACGUGGUUUUCUAUAGAGAUAGGGCCUUGGGAAAUGUUGUGUCAUGUAAUAUAAGAUUAUGUUUCUAUUAAUUCCCUUUUUUUGGCAUA